AUGAGGAAACUAUUCGAGGCGAUAAUCAGGAGAAGAUGUUAUAGCAAAGGAACAACCGUACACAUGUCUAACACGCUACAAACAACAAUACAAAAUCAAAAGAGACAUUUCAGCACAAAUAUCGCAAAUAAAGCAACAGAAAGCGUUACUUUCACGUUCAUCAAUCAGGAAGACCGUGAGAUACAAGUCACUGUACCGGUAGGGACAACUGUACUCGAGGCAGCGCAUAAGUAUAAAGUGGAACUAGAAGGGGCAUGUGACGGGUGUAUGGCAUGCUCAACAUGCCAUGUUAUAUUCGACGAAGACGUAUACGAUGCAUUACCUGAACCUGAAGAAGCAGAACUAGAUAUGUUAGAUCUUGCUCCAUGCCUUACAAAUACCUCAAGGUUGGGAUGCCAAAUCAAACUUCAACAUUCACAUCAAGGGAUCAAAAUAAGACUACCGAAAAUUACACGAAAUUUCUAUGUUGAUGGACAUGUACCAGCGGUACAUUAA